AUGGAAAAAUCUGUUCUCUUUCACAUCCCUUGUUUUCUUCUCUUCCUUCUCUUAACCAUCAAUGGCGUUCACGGUAACUACUUCAUCUGCGGCAACGAAACCUUCUCUCCAAACACAACCUAUGGCGAAAACCUCAACACUCUCUUGCCUUCUCUUGCCUCAAACGUUACCGCACAAGGCGGUUUCUACAACGCUUCACUAGGCGGAGUUUACGCCCUUGCUCUUUGUCGAAAACACUACGAUGUUCAAGCUUGUCGUAGCUGCGUCAAAAGAGUAAGUAGGAAUCUGUUAACACAGUGCCAAGGCCAAACUGAAGCGUAUCACUGGAAUUCUGAAACCGAGGCAAACGUUUCUUGUCUAGUACGUUACUCAAAUCUCCCUACAUUCGGCAAACUAAGGCUUGACCCAAUUAUGAAUAUUCCUCACUCGGGCCUUCCCUCUUCGAAUCUGACCCGUUUCACAGAAGAGUUUACGGUGAUGGCUAAUCGAACAAUCGAUGUUGCAUCCACGGCCGAUGAGUCUUCAGCGUUGGAGUACUAUGGAGUCUCAAGUGCGGAGUUUACUGAAUUUCCUGAGGUUUACAUGUUGAUGCAAUGCACACCUGAUUUAUCAUCCGAUGAUUGUAAGCAUUGUCUGAGAGAGAAUGUUAGGUAUAAUCAAGAACAUAACUCGGAUAGAGUCGGGGGAACGAUCGCGCGUCCUAGUUGUUUUUUCCGAUGGGAUCUGUACCAUUUUGUAGGAGCUUUCGACAAUCUUGAGAGAGUUUCAGCGCCUCCUCGACCUCCUCCAGAAGACAAACAAACAAAGAAAGGAAGAAUUUUACAACCUUGGAGCGUUGUGGUUGCUGUCGUUCCUACUGUCAUUAAUAUGUUCGUGUUUGUUGCUUUCGUGAUUGCUUAUCGCCAGAUGCGGAGGAGGAUUUAUGCUGGACUAGUCUACAAUAAUUCUGAUUCUGAUGGUCAAUCUAUGUUAAGAUUUGAUCUUGGCAUGAUAUUAAUUGCAACCGAUGAGUUCUCACCGGAAAAUAAACUUGGACAAGGUGGAUUCGGUUCUGUCUAUAAGGGGAUUUUACCGAGCGGACAAGAGAUAGCGGUAAAGAGAUUAGCUGGAGGAUCAGGACAAGGAGAUUUAGAGUUUAAGAAUGAGGUCUUACUCUUGACAAGACUCCAACAUAGGAAUCUAGUUAAGCUUCUUGGGUUCUGUAAUGAAGGAGGUGAAGAGAUUCUUGUUUACGAGCAUGUCCCUAAUUCAAGUCUUGAUCACUUUAUCUUCGAUGAAGACAAACGACUGCUUCUUACUUGGGAUGUGAGGUGUAGAAUCAUAGAAGGAGUUGCAAGAGGGCUUCUUUAUCUCCAUGAAGAUUCUCAACUGAGGAUUAUUCAUCGAGACUUAAAGGCAAGUAAUAUUCUCUUAGACGCUGACAUGAACCCUAAAGUUGCAGACUUUGGGAUGGCGAGGUUGUUUAACAUGGACGAAACUCGAGGAGAGACAAGCAGAGUAGUUGGAACCUACGGAUAUAUGGCUCCAGAGUAUGUGAAACACGGACAAUUUUCGGCAAAAUCUGAUGUUUACAGCUUCGGUGUUAUGCUUUUGGAGAUGAUUAGUGGUGAAAAAAACAAGAACUUUGAAGAUGAAGGACUUCCUGCUUUUGCAUGGAAGAGAUGGGUAGAGGGAAAACCUGAGAGCAUAAUUGAUCCUUCCUUAAGCGAACGUCCCAUAGACGAAAUUAUAAAGUUGAUUCAGAUUGGUUUGUUGUGUGUUCAAGAGAAUGCAGCAAAAAGACCAACCAUGAACUCUGUAAUAGUAUGGCUUGCAAGAGACGGUACUCUGACAAUACCUAAACCUACAGAAGCUGCUUUCGUCACGCUUCCUCUCUCGGUGAAACCUACAAACAGAUCCUUGGAUAAGUCUAAAGACAAAGAUUCUGCGUUUUCAGUGGACGAUGUUUCGAUUACUGUGCUGUAUCCUCGGUGA